GAUUCAGCUUCAGAAGAGAUCACGCUUUUCGCUCCUUCUAUUUCAUGCCCACUUCUCACAACUUCUAGGGUUUCAUAUCGUUCCCAACUGCUUCACCAAUAUGGCCGAUUCUAUGCCGUCGCCUUCCUCCAAUCAGAGUCAGAAUGCUACGACGACGACAAUAACUGAUCUCAAUGUGGACUCACUCGUUCACUCUGCUGCCUAUCUUAACCUCCAAGAUGUUUGCAAUUUGGCCAUGACCUGUAAAUAUUUCAAACGUGUUGCCUAUUCCGAUUUCAUUUGGCAACGUCUCUUCCGGGAGCAUUGGCCGCAACAACCAUCUCCUAGCUCUUUACAUUCACGUGGACUGAGGGAAAUGUAUUUGGCGAGGCGCACGGCAGUUCAGCAAUUUAAGUUCGCUGAUCCCUUUGUCGCUGACUUCUAUACUGAUGUUAAACCUUUCAAUCAUUUGCAGUUGAGUAAAAAUGAUAUCUUUUUAACACAGGUAUUCCUUUUGCGUGGUGGAAUUUUUGCAUGUUCUUUUUCUGAUUGGAUCAUUUCAUCUAAGUUCAUUUUGGUUUUCGUCCUUUAUUCCUACCCCUGCUGUGGAACGUAUAUGGGUUCUCAGAUACAAAUGAUAAAUAUGGAUCGAUAUCAAAGUGGAAAAGAUUUUGUAUCUGCAUUAAGUGAUCACAAAGCAAGAAUUACUUGUAUGAGGUUGUUUUUCCUUAAUGACAUAUCCUUGUUUCGAGGUGAAACAGAAAGCGAGCAAAAAGUUUUGGUUACAUCUAGCUGCGAUCACUCCAUUCGUCUGUGGCGAAAGGGUUCUUGCCAAAGAUGCUUUAGAGGUCACAAUGGUCCAGUAUUGUCCCUAUCAAAUAAAUUAUUGGGAGAGGAUAAUGUCAAGGUAUUGGCAAGUGGAGGGGAUGAUGGUACUGUGCGCCUCUGGUCUCUUAGUUCAAGUGGAAAACGAGGGCAGCAUGCUUUAAAGGCUACACUCUAUGGACAUGAGAAGGCCGUAAAUUUUAUAGUAGUUGCUGGGCACAGAAAUUCUCUUUUGGCAAGCAUUUCAAGAGAUUCGAAGGUGAGGGUUUGGGAUACAACCACAUCAUCGGCUGUUCGUUCAUCCUGCUGUGUAGGAAUGACUUCUGUUGCUGGUGCACCUGUGAGCAUGCAAUGCCAGGAAUCGCUAUUGUAUAUUGGAGCUGGUUCUUCUGUCACUGCUGUUGACUCAAGGACAAUGCGGAAAGUUAUGACUGCAGCAGUACAUCGGCCAAAGCUAUAUUCAUUUGAUAUUGUUCCUUCAAAAUCUUUAAUCUGCACGGGCGGUGAUGGCAGAGCAAUGCUUUGGGAUAUUAGAAGAAACCAAGAAGAGCCAGUAGCGGAGUUGGACGGACAUUGUGGGCCAGUUACAUUACUGCACAUGGAUCCGUACAAAAUUGUAACUGGAGGCCCUCAAGAUCCAUGCAUCAAUGUUUGGGAGGUUGAUACGGGCGCGCAAAUAAAGUCCUUGAGUUGCUGCUGUGGGGAAAAAGAAGCUCAUGGCAGCAGGUCUGGCUGUGGUGCAAUGGCAGUAGAUGGGUGUAGAAUAGCCACUGCUAGCUACUGUGAAGAAAUGGGAAUUCUGCGCUUUAGGGACUUCAGUAACGCUUCGAGUUCUGUCAUGAAACUGGAAGAGGACCAGACCCAGACAUCCAAAUUUUGGGAUUCUUCAUCUGAUCGUAUCACUUCAGAUUGGCAAACCUAGUCCAAAAGUUCAUGGUUCCCGGAAAUUUGGUUCUGUACCAUUACCAGGAUACGUUAGCUUUUAUACAAUCGUGAUUGUUUCUUCAUGUUUUUGUCCCUUCAUUCGUCGCGGGUUCAACAUUUCGUCUACUCGACAUAGUGAGAAAAUCUCCCCGUGGUUGAGCACA